AUGUUUUUAUGGCGCUGCAUGGUGUUGAUCUUAUUUUCACGGAGCUCUAAUGGAAUCCACAACGGAGUCGAUGCUAGAUUCGAUUUUUGGAACUUCAUAGUGGCUAUCCGAAUUAAUGGGUAUCAGGAGUGCGGUGGAAGUGUAAUCGAUAGUCAAAUUGUCAUCACGGCCGCCCAGUGUGUCAAGGGUAUCGCAUUGAACAAGAUUACUGUGCGUGCUGGUUCUUCAGAACCUUAUCGAGGUGGCAAAGUCUUCAAGGUAACAGCGGUGGUGGUUCAUGAAAAAUAUAAGGCUCAUGAGCUGAACGACGACAUUGCAUUGCUGUGGCUCAGUUCAUCUGUUCUAUCGAGUAGAGUAACCAAAAUUCCGCUGACCCAAAUUGAACCCGCUGAAAAUGAAUAUCCAAGCAACGCGGGAUGGGGCGAGAAACAACUGGAGUCCUAUGUGUUGCCCAAAAAACUGCAGAAUGGAGUCACCAAACUUCGACCUCGAAGCGUUUGCGUUGAAGAGCUGCUCGAUCCAACUGGCCCGGAACUUCUCUGCUCAUUUUACAUCCAAAACGACAUUUGUCCCGGCGACUAUGGAGGUCCCUUGAUCCUGGCCAACAAACUGGUCGGCAUUGCAGUCCAAGGACACGGCUGCGGAUACACCGAACUGCCCUCUCUUUACACGAACGUCUUUCACUACCUGCGAUGGAUUGAGGAGAAUUCAAAGAAACUCAAGAAAAAUAAAUAAAAAUACAAACUUAGAAUUAUCAAGAACGAAGCUUUACAUAAGUAUUCAUAUAGUAAUAAACCAUUUUCAAAAAAAGCUCUUACUUUAACACUGUUUGCAAUGGGAUAAUAAUAACAAUUAUAAUAACCCUUUAAUUUAUAUCCCGAAGCUUCAAAAAUGUACGACUUUCAAAAUCUCUGGUAGAGUUCAGACCCGGCAAAAAUAUCUACAAAAUUAAAAUAUUAUAAGCUAACAAAGAAAUGCGAUUCCAUUUUCAAGCAUAUAAACUGUUAA